UAUCCGUAUAGAACGUAUCUGACAGAAAUACAUAACCUCUACAAGUUGGUUACUUGGUUUCUGAAAUCACGAGAGUAACUCUAUUUAUUGAAUAAAACGGACAGACGGUCUGCAGAAAUCGUAGAUAGAGGAAUUCUUUGAUGAUUUAAGGCUAGUAUCCUUCAACGAUAAAAUUAUGCGGCGAAAGGCAGGAGUUGGUGCGAUUCACAAACAAAAACUUGAACAAGAAAAAUACAAAGAUAAGGGGACGGAAAUUCAAGAAAAUCAGUUGGAACAGAUGUCAAAGCAACUGGAAGUCUUCAGAGUAAAUCUGGAAGAGUUUGCAUCGAAACAUAAAAAUGAAAUAAAAAAGAAUCCUCAGUUCCGACGUCAGUUUACGGAAAUGUGUGCUUCCAUCGGGGUCGAUCCUUUAGCAUCUGGCAAGGGAUUUUGGUCUGUUCUUGGAAUCGGUGACUUUUAUUAUGAGAUUGCUGUACAAAUCGUUGAGGUAUGCUUGGCAACGAAUUAUAAAAACGGGGGUUUGAUUUCACUGGACGAGCUGCGAGAGAGAUUGGUCCAGGCCAGAGGAAGGCGCAAGGAACACCAAGAAAUAUCUAACGAAGAUUUGCUCGCCGCUGCAAAGAAACUCAGAAUAUUUGGAAACGGAUUUUCGGUAGUUCCGAUUGGCAGAGGAAAAUAUUUAGUUCAAUCAAUUCCGGGAGAAUUGAGCAUGGAUCAUACCGCUGUUCUCCAACAAGCUUCAAUAUCGGGAAAUGCUCAUGUCUCUAGGUCACUAUUGGAGAGAGAAUUAAAAUGGGAAAGGCAGAGGGCACAAAAAGCUUUAGAUCAUAUGGUUAAAGAAGGACUCGCAUGGUUUGAUCACCAGGGCGCGUCUGAGCCUCUUUACUGGUUUCCCAGCUUAUUUAAUGCUUGUAUUCAAUCCUCGACGUAGUUGAUUUGAAGAAAAAAUCAUUCAAGUUCUUUGAUUUUUUAUUUUCUCGUAGACUCGGGCCUUUUUUUUUAUAAUGCUGUAAAUCAGCAUGCACGAUCAAUCGUGAUGACUUAUAUAUGAAAUGUAAAUACGAAGUUAUGCAAGUGGCGUAUUAAAUGUAAUAUUUGGAAAUUGAGGAGCGCAGAAUCACAGUGUAAACAAUGUUGAGGGCAAGUCUUGGUGAAAAUGAAUAUCGCUUUGGAAGAAGUACUGGAAUGUAUAUUGAAAAUAAAUUAGAUUUUGUAUCAUCGAAUUAUUUACAUAUACUAAUAGCCACAUUGUAUUAAGUACUAAAAUACUUGAAAAUCGUCACCUCGGUGUAUCGCCUUGGUCAUACCUGUAAUUAAAAAUAAUACAAAAGCUUAAAUUCAAUGUA